GCCGGCACCAUGCUAUUGCUCUUGGUUCUUUUAUUCAUCGUUGGACUUUUGCUAUAUCUCAAGCUCCGAUGGCACUACGCCUACUGGACGCGACUGGGCGUGGCUGGCGAAACGCCCGAGUACUUCCGUGGAAACAUGAGGGGAUUGGGCAAGGAACUCCACUGGACGGACAUCAACCGGCGGAUCUACGGGAAGUUCCACGGUAGGGAACGCUACUGCGGCUACUUUACCUUCAUGACCAAAGCGCUGUUCGUAAUGGAUCUGGAUCUGAUCAAGAUGAUAAUGAUCAACGACUUUGGAGCUUUCGCCGAUCGGGGACUAUUCCACAAUGUGAGGGACGAUCCGCUGACGGGCAAUCUCCUAUUUCUGGACGGACCCGAGUGGCGCUGGUUGCGCCAGAACUUGACGCAGGUCUUCAGUUCCGGCAAGAUGAAGUUCAUGUUUCCCACUAUGGUGGAAGUGGGCGAAAAGCUGACGAGGGCGUGUCACUCUCAGCUGGGCGAGAUUGAGGCCAAGGAUCUGUGUGCCCGGUUUACAACCGAUGUGAUUGGUAGCUGUGCUUUUGGACUGGAGUGCAACAGCCUCGAGGACCCGGACUCGGAGUUCCGGCGAAUGGGACGAUCUGUGACCACGAAUCCCCUCCACUCGGUGCUCGUUCAGGCCUUCAUGUUCGCCCAGCCGGACUUGGCGAGGAAGUUCCGACUGCGGCUCUUCCGGCCGGAGGUCAGUGAGUUCUUCCUGGACACCGUUCGCCAGACAUUGGAUUAUAGACGAAGGGAGCACAUCCACCGCAACGACCUCAUUCAACUGCUGAUGGAACUGGGACAGGAGGAUGCACUGUCCUUCGAGCAGAUUGCGGCCCAAGCCAUGGUAUUCUUUCUGGCAGGUUUCGAUACCUCCUCCACCACCAUGUCCUUCUGUCUGUAUGAACUAGCUUUGAACCCCGAUAUCCAGGAGAGACUACGGGAGGAGGUGCUUGAAGUCUUGGAUCGCAACAACCAGAAGCUCACCUACGAGUCCGUUCAGGAGAUGCCUUACUUGGAUCAAGUUGUGGCCGAGACUCUGCGAAAGUAUCCCAUACUGCCCCAUUUGUUGAGGCGUUCCACGAAGGAAUACCUGAUACCUAGUAGCAACUUAUUUCUCGAACGGGGCACCAAGAUAAUGAUACCAGUGCACAGUAUUCACCACGAUCCGGAACUAUAUCCAGAGCCGGAGAAAUUUGACCCCAGUAGGUUCGAGCCGGAUGAGAUCAAGGCCCGCCAUCCUUUUGCCUACUUGCCCUUCGGCGAAGGUCCUCGAAAUUGUAUUGGCGAGCGCUUUGGCAAGUUGCAGGUGAAGGUGGGACUUGUCUACCUCCUGAAGGAGUUCAAGUUCAGCAGAUCGGAGCAAACAAAGAUUCCUUUAAAGUUUUCGAGUGUAACUUUCCUGAUAUCAACGAAAUCGGGCAUUCAUCUGCAAAUGGAAAAAAUUUAAACGAAAAUUUUUAAUAUUUUUCGGACCAAAAUUUUCUUAUCAGCAAGAAAUUGUGGUGAUAGACUGCAAUAAUUCCUAUAUAUAUAUAUAUAUAUUAUACACCUAAACACAAAGAAAUGUUAUAAAAAAGUAAAAA